CACCCGUGCAGAUACUCUCAACAUAAAAACACGCGCUCUUUAUUUACCAAUAAGUCGCGCGCAGUUUAGAUAUACAACACAAAUCUGUGGCGGGAGAUGUCGAACGGAGCCAGAAACGAUAUCGUUGUUUUGGUAUUAAAUUAAAAAAUAAAUGAGCAUAUCAGGAAGAGUUGGGACAAUAAACGGGUUUUUACCGUGGACGACGCGCAAAGAUGGGAGAUUUCGGAAUAUAUGCGGUCUUUGGAGUAAACGGUCCGCCUCAAAGGCUGCUGAGUGCUGAAGGUUCGUCCAGGGUGUUUGUUGCAGUUCCCCCGAGUGUCCGCCAGGUGGUGCUGUUUAGCAGCGGGCCGUGGGGAGAGCGGAUCUGCGUCAACGCAGAGCUCAACGAUGCGGACCGUUUCCCCAUCACGAUCGGAAAACUGACUCCAUAUAACAAGUGUCUGUCAUGGGAGCAGUGGGAAGAGGAGACCUGGACAGACGGCGUCACACUGAGUGUGACUCUGGAAGGAGGAAACCUGGUUAAAGCAGAUUGGUCAGAGCCAGAGCUCAUGUCUGUGAAGGAAUACACACCAAAGGACCACGCGGCUCCCCUCGCACCCCGGGAGCUCAACGGCAAGAGGAAGCGAGAGCGAGCGUUGGAGAAAGACGGUGACGGGAAUAAAAUGACUAGUGGCGGGGAAGAAGAGAACGUGUGUCCGAAUGGCGCCGGCGAGAAGACCACGCCCGUGCGAAAGGCCAGAGGUCAAACCAAAGGGGGCCAGAAGCUGUUCAGCGCUGGAGCAGAUGCAACAAAGAUGAAGGGAACAGCUAAUGGAGCAGGAGAGGCGCAGGGGAUUGUGGGAAAAACGCCUCCUCAGAGUGCAGCCAGGACGAAGAGUAGGCAGGCCAAGACUCCCACACACACCGCCCCAUUGGUCAGCCCGUCGGGCCGCUGGGGUCAGACUCUGUGCCCCAUCGACGCUCAGACGGCUAUUCUGAUUGGAGGGCAGGGAUCUCGGAUGCAGUUCUGCAAAGAUCCCAUGUGGAAGCUCUGCACAGAGGACAUGUCCUGGUUCGCGGCAGAGACCCUGGCAGAGGGCCCAACGCCCGAGGCCAGGAUCGGCCACACAGCCGUGUACGACCCGGACUCCAGGCGGAUCUUUGUAUUCGGAGGCUCAAAGAACAGGAAGUGGUUCAACGACGUUCACAUCCUUGACACACAGAGCUGGAAGUGGACCAUGGUGGAGGCUCAAGGAAAGGUUCCUCCUCUGGCCUACCACAGCUGCAGUAUGUUUCGGGGGGAGCUGUUUGUGCUGGGGGGAGUGUUCCCUCGUCCAAACCCCGAUCCCGACGGCUGCAGUGACUCGCUGUACAUCUUUGACCCCCACCUCUCCAUCUGGUACCAGCCCAUUGUAACUGGCGACACGCCUUCCCCCCGCUCAGGCCACUCUGCAUGUGUGAUGCAGGAGAGGAGGAUCUAUGUUUUUGGCGGGUGGGACACUCCUGUCUGCUACAACGACAUGUACAUGUUGGACCUCGGUCUGAUGGAGUUUUCUGCUGUGAAAACAACUGGGAAAGCCCCCUCUCCUCGAAGCUGGCACGGCAGUGCUGUGCUCUCAGACACAAAGUUCCUGAUCCACGGAGGUUACAACGGAAACAACGCUCUCGGUGACGCCUUCAUCUUUGAUAUAGACACCAACAGCUGGACGGAGGUGACGCUCCCUCAGCUGUCCGUCCCCAGGGCGGGGCACGCCAUCAUCACCAUGGACACAGCCAACCCCCACCGCUUCUCGGGGGAAGGCGCGGCUGUGGACGUCAGAAGCACCCUGCUGGUGUUCGGAGGCGGAGACAACGAGGGCAACUUCUACUCCGACCUGACGACUGUCGCCGUGGAGGAUCUGCUCGGCGCUAUUUCAAGAGAGUGAGUCAGGGGUGAAUCCUCUGGAUGUGAAGCUAUUUUAACGCCCCCACAGAUGCUUUUAUUAUUUAUAAUCCUACAGUGUCUUUGUUUCCUUUUGGUGUGUGUGAGCCCUCUUUUAUUUCUGCGAUGUUUGGGCAUUGCUUCUAUGCAGAUCUGAAAACGUAACUACAUCUCCAUGUGGUGCAUAACAGGAAUAUUGGAGGUACUGUUUGAGCAAAGAAAAGGUGAUACCUGUGGUUCCAUAUGAUUAAGAACAAUGAUCUUGGUUUAAAACAUCAAGCAUUCAGAUUAUUUAAGUCAUCAAGGAUACUACUGAUUUGUUUAUGUACAUAGUUUAAAGCUUUUCGACUUCUUACUCAGUUAAAAUGUAUAUUUUUAUUUCUAUUGCAUUGAACUGUAAUAAGUGGGGCUUUCAGAAGCGCUGAUAUUUGGAACAUGGCGUCCUUGUGUAGCUGCAAGUUAACUGAAUGCUCAAAAUCCCAAUUCAUCUUCCUACGUGGGUCAUUUGCACUUGAUUUCUGUCUUUACUGAAUAAACAUUUGUUUUUCCACUCUGUA